ACAACCUCCAGCUAACCCGGAUUUAAUAGAGGAGUAAAAUGGACAGAAAACACAUACUCGACGGUGAUUAGUGCUGUUUAACUAUGAAACUAGAAGAGAAGGAACAAAGGAUUUGUACUACUGACGCGAGUGGCUGCCAAUCACGAGCAAAAGGAAUGCGCUAAAACGGGCGCUGCUUGAGACGUUAAAUCCGGAAACGUCUGAGCUGUACGUGCUGUACGUAUGACGUCACGGCGUCAGCUGGCCCAAUGUUUACAUCCGGCAGUGGUGUGUUACUGACUGGAUCCCCGAAAAAAAACAAGAGGCUGGUCACAAAGGAAACCACUGCCACAGACAAGAUCCAUCAGCGGUUCAUUAAGGCCUCUGCUGCUGUUUUUAACACCUCUGGGAACCACAAAGGCUGCAUUCACACCUAGCCGGGCUGCCAAAAGCAGGAUUUCAACAGCCCCAGAUUAAAAGCACCACAUUUGUUAACUACAGAAAAGCAACAAAGCACUGUUAAGAGCAUCAUGGGUGGAGCUGUCAGUGCCGGGGAGGACAAUGAUGAUUUGAUUGACAACCUGAAGGAGGCUUAUUACAUCCGCUCAGACUUGGUAGAGCGGGCUUUCCGUGCCAUUGACCGUGCCGACUAUUACCUGGAUGAAUACAGGGAGAACGCCUACAAGGACUUGGCCUGGCGACAUGGGAACAUUCACCUAUCAGCUCCAUGUAUCUACUCAGAGGUGAUGGAGGCCUUGGACCUCCACCCUCGUCUCUCAUUCCUUAACCUUGGCAGCGGGACCGGCUAUCUGAGCACCAUGGUUGGCCUCAUAUUGGGACCAUUUGGAGUGAAUCAUGGUGUGGAGUUACAUGCUGAUGUCAUAGAAUACGCCUACCAGAAGCUUGACUCUUUCAUCAAAACCAGUGACAGUUUUGACAAAUUCGAGUUCUGCGAGCCAUCCUUUGUGGUGGGCAACUGUCUGGAGAUCCCGCCGGAGAGCCGCCAGUAUGACAGAGUGUACUGUGGGGCAGGGGUGCAGAAGGACCAUGAGGACUAUAUGAAGAACCUGAUCAAGGUUGGGGGCAUUCUGGUGAUGCCUCUUGAGGAAAAGCUGACCAAGAUCACUCGCACAGGACCAAACAGCUGGGAGACCAAAAAGAUCAUUUCAGUGUCCUUUGCUCCUCUAGUGCUGCCCAAACUCAACAUGAAUGGCAAACCCAAAGCUGUCCCGUUACCAAAGUAUGAAGUGCAGACAUUACAGGAGCUCGCUCGUUUCUGCAUCCGACACACUCUGCAAGUGACCACAGAUCGAGAAAACCAAUCCCAGACCCGUGGCUCGUCCUUCAGCGUGGGCAGGGGUCUGGCUGUGGCCGGGCUACACAAGUACGGCCCUCGCUUCAAACGCCGCCGUGUUCAUCGACGCCGCUGCAACGCCCUCGUCUUGGCCACCCGUCAGGUCGUUGGCAGCAGUAUGAGUCCUGCAUCUCUGGACAGCAACAAUAACCAAGGAGGGAGGAUGGAGGAUGAAGAGGAGGCGAGGAGAGAAAUCAGGGGGAGCAGGAGGGUUGCUAGAGCAUCACGAGGGGUGAUGGUGGAGGAAGAGAUGGUGGAAGAAGAGGUUGAAGAGCAAGAGGAGGAGAAAGAGACGGGAGAGCUUCUUCGAGUCCAGCCUGCGAUUAACGUGCUGAGAGAGAGGAUCUUGGGCCUGCCGUUGCCCGAGCCUCUGAAGAGGUUCCUCUUGUACUACAGAAACAAGUGAUCUGAUCCUGAGUCAGCGCAAACAAGCCAGCAGAGACUGAAGCAUCCCUCCCACUUAUAGAAGGUAGGACAACAUGUCUUCACUUCACGUGUCUGCCUGAUGGAUCUAUGUGUAGAUUAUUCCUAUAUCCAACAUGUUUGAUCAUUGUGAAGUUGUGAUUUGCUGCUGAAUGUAUAUAAUCAUGGACAUUUUGUAUGAAGCAUCAAGCUUUGGUGUGAAUAAAUUGUGUUUUUUUUUGUAAAUUGAUCGGUAUUAUUGACUGCUGUAAUAAAACAGAUAAUACUAAAGACAGUCC